AACACAGUGACGCGCUCGGCUGCUGUUGUCUGUUAGCAGCAUGCUAUCCGGAUAGCAGGCAAACAAAGGCGGAGGAUUAGCGGGGAGAGAGAGGGUCCGAGCCGAGUUUUAUCGAUAAUAACGCGAGUCUGGAGAGGACAGGGAGUUAUUCAGAGCUUAAUCCGGGUCUUUACUGAUCUGUAUAACCGGACUGUUAACCAAAACCUGCUAAAAUUAUCUGCUUUAGCUGGCUUAGCUAAGCUAGCAUGCUAGUUUGCUGUUGCUAGGUAAGCUAGCGCUGGGUUAGCGGGCUGGUAAUCCAGGCUGGGGUUUGUUUGAUACGAUGGUUAAAUAGAUGGUAAAUACAGUGUCAGUGUCUCUGAAAUAAAUGUGAAAGUAUAGAGAUAGAUACAGGGUAUUCACACACCGCCUCUUUAUCUGUCUAAUCUAACUGUUAACUGAGCUAGAUAACUGGUAAGGCUGUCAGGGAGCUGACAGCAGAGACGGGCACAAACACUAAGGCUAUAGGUUAGCUAGUUAUCUGCCCUUAAUCAUUAAUUAUUUAUCAUCUGCUGAAGUGAAAACAUGGGGAACUGUCUGAAAUCUCCGACAUCAGACGACAUCUCCCUGCUCCACGAGUCCCAGUCGGACAGGGCGAGUUAUGGUGACGGGACAGACCCAGAUCUGGAGCCUCCUCCACCGUAUGAGGAGCAGGUGCGCAUGCCCGUGUACCAUCCCACGCCCAGCCAAACAUGUCUGGCCAACCAGCUGACUGAGGAGGAGCAGAUUCGCAUCGCUCAGCGCAUUGGCCUCAUUCAGCACCUGCCCAGAGGGGUGUUUGACGGCGGCAAGGAUGGCUCUGAGAAGAAGAUCAGAGAGUGUGUGAUUUGUAUGAUGGACUUUGUAUACGGGGACCCCAUCCGAUUCCUCCCCUGCAUGCACAUUUACCACAUGGACUGCAUAGAUGACUGGCUCAUGCGCUCGUUCACCUGCCCUUCCUGCAUGGAACCAGUGGAUGCUGCACUGCUGUCCACCUACGAGACCAACUGACCCGAUGACACAGAACUGCGCUUUAUAGAUUGUCCCCCUGGCCUUCCACAACAAGACCCAUCCAACAAGGAACAAGUGAAGGCCUCCUUGAGAAACGAGAAGAAGCUAGGGUUCUUGCAGCCCAGCUGAUUAGAGCUGAUCUGUAUGUUUUUAAGGGUUUAGAAUGAAGGUGUUCAGUCCAGUCCCUGAAGAUCCCCAGUCAGUACACAGCCUGUUCUCUUCUGGCUGCUUCUGCUUCCACAUUGCUGACCACCAGCCCAGUAAUCAGUGUUCCACAGCAAUUGACCAGCUUGUUGGAUGACUGGGGAUCAUUGAAGACCAGAUUGAAGACCCCUGGGCUAGUGUGUCAAUGGAAGGUCAUGGUCUUAAGCACUUAUUAGCUGUUGUGUUACUUGUAUCAGCCAAGACCUUAAAUGGUUUGGCUAUGUUUUCUUCGUGAGCUUCAUGCUCCAAAAUCCCAAUGACUGUGUAGGUCACCAUCUCUGUUACCAUUACUGUUACUCACUAAUCAAUGUUCCUGUUCUUCUCAUCUUUGCUAAAUAUAUGUGGAGCUCUGUGACCAGAGGAAUGCA